UUGUGAAAAAGGAAACUAGAAAUAUGGAGCCAGAAAAAAACAACAAAACGCAAAGAGAUUUUAAAAAUCCCGACGAAAACGUAAGUUUUUCCAGUGUUACAGUUGUCGCCACAGGGUGGAUGUUGGAUUUUUUGUUUGUGAGUCUGUGUCGACGCCUCAAAGAAGGAAAACUUGAUGAAUUUAACGAAUCGCUUUCAGCUUUUGAUGCAAUUUAUAAGAGUUCUAAUCUUAGAGGAAGCCUCCUUGAAGAGAAAAGGUUGAUCUGUGCUUUUAUCACAAGAGUCAUGCAUGGAAAACAGUUAGAUGUCCGGUUUGAGGAGGAUGAUGAUGUGAUGCCUCUGAUGUCUGCUGCCAACGUGUGGUCACGCCUAAAAGACUCAGUGACAGAUGAAAGUUUACUCACAAACAUGCCUAUUCUUUUGCAUGUUCAGUCUGUGGCGGUGUGUUUGGAGAAAGGUCAAAGAUCUUCUGCUACUUCUGUUCUCAAAUGGUUUGAGAUCAAUUUUGAAUGUCAGCAGAAUCUACAAGUCAAGCUAUCUAGAAUUGUAGCUGAAGGGGACAGUUACCAUCCAUUCCUUAUUAACUUCAGCUUCAAGCACCUGCUGGAUACAGUCCAGACCUACUUAGAUGGAUUUUUGGAGAAGAACCCAUCUGACUAUCUUCUCAAGGCAGCCACAAAUAUGGUCCAGUCAUUACAGAACAGUGAGGAUUCAGAGGACUCUGUGACACGGGACAACACGCAGGACGACACAACCAGUGACUCCACACAAAAGGAAGGAACGAAAAACCAGAACAGUGCACGUUUGAGGACAAAGCGGAAACUGCUUUCAACUAAAACCUAUGAUGUGUUUAAACCUGAGACAUGCAAGAAGCCUGUUAUCCAUCUGAGGAGAAUUACACCGAGUGAGUUAUCUCAGUGGAAAACUGAAAAUGAGCCAGAUAACACCUCAACUAUCAAAAAAACACGAAAACCACACCAGAAGUGGACAGCCCAGCUGGACAAGAAUCUUAAGGACGGCGUCCGACGGCACGGUCAGGGGAAGUGGGCUCUCAUCUUGCAGGAUUAUGACUUUGAAGGUCGUACUGGUACCAUGCUCAAAGACCGAUGGAGAAUUUUAGCCAAGGCUCAUGCAGUUGGUUGAGGACAGUGUAUGAACAUUGACCAACUGUUUACACAAAAA